AUGACUCCCGAGGUGUACCGAGUCGUCCGAGAACAGUGCUGUGACAAACUCAGACAGUUUUUCGAUAUCGUUGCAACGCCCAUUGAAGGACCCGAGAAGAAAGACUUUGGAGACCUUGACUUCUUCGUCGCUCUUUCCAAUCUGAAUGAAUACCCUCCCGAGAAGCCGGCCCAGGUUGCCAUUGAACUUCUGGGCGCGGUUCGGCACAAGAUGGAGCAGGCCAAAGUCGUCGCCAUGGCCAUCCCCUACCCCGAAGAACUUCAUACGGGCUCCGAGACUCCCCAGUACAUUCAAGUCGACGUACACAUCUACCAGGAUCACCGCGACGUCGAGUGGAUGCUUUUCAAGCACGCCCACGGAGACCUCUGGAACCUCCUCGGCUCGUCCAUCCGCCACCUGGGUCUCACGGUGGACGAGCAGGGCCUCUGGGUGCGCAUUCAAGAGGUCGAGCACCAGAACAAGAAAUUGGCCAGAGUUCUACUGACCCGGAAGCCAUCCGAGAUUCUGGAGUUCCUCGGCCUUGCAGCCGACGGCGGCCAGUGGACGACGCCUUUCAAGAGCAAGGAAGACCUCUUCGAGUACGCGGCCAGCUGCCGCUUCUUCUGGGUCCGGCCGGCGAGAUCGGACGAAGACGCCACCGGAGGUAGCGAGACGGACAAGGCCAAGCUGAAGGCCAACGACCGACGACGCAUGAAGCAGCGCCCCCUGUUCCGGCAGUGGACCGAAGAGUUCAUGCCCAAGUGCCGGGAGGAAGGCCGCUUUUCCGAACCUAGAGCUACACGAGAACAAGUACGAGAAGAAGCAUUCGAGCGAUUUAUUGGCUCAAGAGAAGCGUACGACGCGCGCCUACUGGCUUGGCAGAUCCAACGACAACGAGAGACACUCUGGAACGGCAUAAUCAAGCCCUCCCUGCCUGACUGUCUCGAACAGCAAUACCGAAGCCUGGUUGCCUCCGCCCUGAAGAAGAUCAUCCUGAACGGCGACACGUCGUUCAUCAUCCAAGCACCGGCCGACCUCAAGGACGCCGACGGUCUAUUCAAUGAGGACAAGGUCAGGGACUGGGUCUUAAACCACUGGAAGGCAGUUGGAGACGCAGCCGCCGCCAUUCACGCCCAGAGAUUUGCCGCAUCCAAAGCCAAGAAAGAGAGCACUGAUACCAAGCGAACGGUCUCAGGCUCGAAGAAGGUAGCGGAUGAGACCGUUUCAGACGAGAAGGUCUCAGACGAGAAGGCCACAGACGAGCAGGCUACAGACGAGAAGGCUAAAGACGAGAAGGCCUCAGACGAGAAUGAAAGAAUACAUGCGUGUCGGCUCAAGGGCUACGCGAGGUCUUGUUAA